UAUAAACCGAACUCACAGCGAAGAGCGUCACUCACUUUAACUUGAUCCUUCUUCAUCUUUAGCAUCAUCAUCAUCAGCAUCAGCAUCAUCAGUUCCAGCGAGACUCUCAUUUGGGAACUUUUCACGUUUUCCAGGGUGAUGGAAGGACAGAGGCAGAUGGGGAAGCCUUUGCAGCUCCUGAUCACCCUCAGCCUCUUUAUCCUCACCAACCAGUUUGAGGUGAGAGGAGAUGUUCUGGAGAAGCUGAGCUUUGACACGGCAGCAGAGCUUCACCUUAGAGGAACGUCUGACUCGGAGAUUCAGGAACUGCAGGAGAUCCUGUCAGGAAACAGCCUGAUCAACAAACAGUUCCUGCUGCAAAAGGGCCUCGAUGCCGUCUUGAACAAACAGCAGAUGGAGGAUCAGUGGCAGAAUGUUUCAGAAAGCUCUCCCAGCUUUAGACAGGAAGUUCUGGUUCUGACCGGCAGCAAAGAUUCAUCAGAUGGAAGAAUGAGGCAGGAAAGCAGCUUAGAUCCUCAGAAACGGGUCCCAGUCUUCCUGUACGAUCAGUCCUGUUUCUCAGAGUUAGACAGCAACACUGGAGAGGAAACAUUUACACAGAACCAACAAACCGGUUCUGACUGUUCUGGUUCCUCUGACAGUCUGACCCUGAAAAUAAAACCUGAAACGGCAGCAGAUUUCUCUAAUCAUGGAAACACGACCCUGAACUCUGGAGUUAUCCUCUUUGAAGCCUCUAUGGUCCAAGGUCCAAUAGAACCGGACCAGGAGAAACCUCAGAUUUAUAGAGGAAUCCAAGAACCUGAUCCAGUUCCUGGGUCCAGAAGCCCACAGAGACCAGAUGAUCCCGUCCAGCUGCAGAUCCUCAUGUUAGAAGAUGAUGAGGUGGUGAGAACAUCUGCAGCUUCUCUUUAUGCCAAACAUCCAGCAGUGAGUUCAGUUCAUGUUGUUGACCCCCAGCAAAGGGUCCACCAGGUCAAAGGUCAACCAGUGGUUCUGUCAGAACACAGCAGCCUGGUUCUGGUCGGCCAUGGAGCCAGAGACCGUUCAGGAGAGAUGAGAAUAUCAGGGUACACCUCCAAAGAUGUGGCCAGGAUCAUCCAGAACAGCUCCAGGAUCAACCAGAAGAUCCAAACUACUACAGUUGUGGCCUGUGAGGCUGGAUCGGACCAACGGUUCAGAGAAGCUCUGCUGAAGGAGCUCCAUGAAGCCGGCAUUGAGACGGAGCUCCACCUGUGGACCGCUGUGGUCCAGGUCACAGAGAGCGGAGAGGUCAUCAGUCAGGACGUCUCUGCAGAUGGAGCACAGUGGAGAUCUGGAGAUGAUACCAAGAAGGUGGUUCUGACUGUUGGCAGCAAGGGAGAGAUAAGGAGGAGGAAGGAGACGGACCACAGAGGACGGGAAGUCCUCACCAAUCAAACAAGAUUGUUAGGUGAUCCGAAGACAGACCAGAACCAUCCUGAGGGAAAAAGCUGGCCAGAACGUCCAAUAUUGUUUAUUGACCCAAAAUUUUAUAAAAUGAUUGACCAAAACAAAGUUACAGAAAUAACUGAAGACUUUAGGAUGCUGGAAGCUUUUACUUGGGGGCUGUUUUACCCGGAACCAGGGGCAGAACCAGAACCAGAGGCAAACACUAAAAACUGUCCUAAAGAGAAAAAUAAUUAUGCUAUAGGAAAUAUACCAAGGAGAGUCGCUCUGCUCUCUGACUGCAGCUGCAGUGUUUUGGAGGAGGAAGAUGAGGAGGAGGAAGAUGAGGAGGAGGAAGGAGACGGACCACAGAGGACGGGAAGUCCUCACCAAUCAAAGAAGAUCGUUCCACUUAUCCCAAAGAUGGAAGAAAUCCCAACGCGUGAUGCUGGAGGAGGCCGGGCCAAACCCAACCUGCCUUUAAUUGCUGGUGCUGCUCUGCUUGCUUUCCUCCUUUGCAGAUGUUUGGUGAGUCAAAGCUUGGAGCAGGAGGAAGAUGAUGGCAUCAACUGCCCCAAUCCCAGGACAGUCUUCACCACUUGGUGUAGAAGGUGUGAGACCAACCGUUCGAGGGUCUUCAUCAGGGCUGAAGUCAGCGUUACCAGCCUGUGA